GAGAGAGAGAGAGCUGUGUGGGGAGGAGGAAGUCCAACGCCUCAGGACUUCUCGUGAAAGCACUCCAGACGUCCCUUAUGAGAGGAGGCAGAGGACCCUCGCCACCAGAGGAGGAAGGAGUCCGAGGCAGCCAGGAGGUGUAGAGGAGGUGGAGUCUCCUGCGUUUAUAUGCAAGUUGGCGAGACGAGAGAGAGAGAGACCCUCGUCUCUGCGGGUCAGCCGAUGACAGAAGAUGAAGAGCCAAAUCACCAACGCCAUCACCGACUUCUUCUUCGAGUACGAGACCCCGCGCCAGGUGUUGGUCAGGAACCGCAGGGUGGGAGUGGUGUGCCGUCUGAUCCAGCUGGGGGUCCUGGCGUACAUUAUUGGGUGGGUUUUCAUCUACGAGAAGGGCUACCAGUCCACGGACACGGCGGUCAGCUCCGUCUUCACCAAAAUGAAAGGCGUGGGCUACACGGAGGUGAACGGAGUCGAGAGAGUCUGGGAUGUGGCCGACUACGUCUUCCCUCCGCAGGGAGACUCUUCUUUCGUGGUGAUGACAAACUACAUCAUAACCGAAGGUCAGAGUAUGGGAAAAUGUCCAGAGCUCAAAGGCAAGCACAACUGCAGCUCAGAUGCCGACUGUGAAGGAGGGAGUUUCAAACGUACGGGACAUGGGCAAAUGACGGGAGUCUGUGUGAAUACCACAAAGACCUGCGAGGUGUUGGCUUGGUGCCCCGUUGAAAAUGAUCACAACAUACCAGAUCCUCCGCUGUUGAUGUCUGCAGAGAACUACACUCUGUUCAUCAAAAACUCUGUAACUUUCCCCCUAUUUGGUGUCGCAAGGAGUAACCUGGUGGAGGGUAUUGAUGCUGCAUACAUCAGCAAAUGCCUCCAUGAUCCAAAGGAUGCUCCACUCUGUCCUAUAUUCCGACUGGGAGACAUAGUUAAAGAAUCUGGCUUCAAUUUUGAAACAAUAGCCCAAGUGGGAGGGGCCAUUGGCAUUGUAGUCGACUGGACAUGUAACUUCGACGUGGAUGUAAAACACUGUAAACCAAAGUACAACUUCCAUGGUCUGUACGGAAACCCUGCGGAGACAGACAAAGCCAGAGCAUCGGUGGGCUACAACUUCAGGUACGCAAAGCAUUAUUUUGAUGACAACGUUCAGAAAAGAACCCUUCUCAAAGUGUUUGGGAUCAGAUUCGAUAUCAUUGUGCAAUCCCUGGCAAGAAAGUUCAACAUCAUCCCAACGUUGACGGCCAUAGGCUCUGGAGUGGGCAUUUUUGGAGUGGCCACUGUAGUAUGUGACUUGAUGAUGCUCUAUUUGCUGCCAAAAAGAGAAUUUUACAAGAACAUGAAAUUCAAACAUACAGAUACACAUCAACAGCAUGACAGCGAGUCGCUCCGUUUAGACACAAGCGUCUAUUACACCCUUGAAGCCAAUGCAAGACAAGUCCAAGGCACUGACCAGUCCAACGAUCCCGAUUCAGAGGCCGGUAGCAUAGAGACGGAUGGAUCUAAAAAGUGACCUGGGGGGCGAACUUUCGAGCCGAUGGCCAUACCGCUUUUCGACGUGUGCUGCACUGGAACCCUGCACUAGUCCCUGCAAGACAACAUGCGUUGACACACUACAGAUGUGCUGGAACGAAAGGGACAAGGUCGACUGACAUCGCUCCGUGUGCCCUCUCAUUUGUUUCUGAUCUCCUGCAGCAUCUUCCACCAACAUGCUCCCACUCUCAAAGCCUCCCUGAAGGACUUAAGACUCUCACUAUUGGUGUGUGUGUGUGUGUGUGUGUGUGUACUUUUUGAGGCGUGGCUCGGUUUGCUUUAGUCCAUACACUGGGCGUAACCUGCACCCUGUUUACUGUCUCCGCGUCCGUACAGGCGCUAUAAGAAGUUUUCUGACGCUCCAGUGAUCCCGUGUGUACACAAAUCACCCUUAAGUCAUCCAUUACCUCUGUCACCGCCUGCGUCACAGCAGGACAUGAGCACGCGACAUGCGGAUGUGCCACCAUCAGAGUGAUUCAUCCCCAUGUGUGCACCUUGUGAUUGACAGCUGAAUUCAAUAAAAAGAUGUACAAUGAU